GGCGGAGCGGCCGCGGCUCCUCCUCCAUCCUCUGCUGCGAGCAUGGCGCGGGAGGCCGCGCUCGCCGCCUGCCUGGAGGCCGUGCUGGGCAACCGCUCCAGCGCCAACCGCGUCUUCGAGCUCCUGGAGCCGCUGGCGGGCCAGGAGGAGCCGGAGGACAUCGUGAGCGCCGCCAGGAUCUGCGGCCGGCUCUUCGGGGCGCUGCUGGAGCGGGGGGAGCUGUUCGUGGGGCCGCUGCCCGAGCAGGACGCCUCUCUGGGCGAGAGCUACAGCGCCCAGGACAAGUACAGGAUAUGGAUGCGGCACCGCUACAGGGACUGCAUAGGCUGCCUGGGAGAGCUCAUGGGACACGAUUCCUUCCAGGUCAAGGAGCAGGCGCUCUGCACACUCAUGAAGUUUGUAGAAUUGGAGGCACAGUAUCCACUGAUCAAAAUAGAGUGGAAGGGAACUUUAACUUUUCCAUGUGACCUUCUUAAUGUGGUUGUUGAUGGUUUGCUUCCCACCACCGAGGACGCCUCCCUGCUGAUCUCCCGCUUCCAGGAGUACCUGGAGUACGAUGAUGUUCGCUACUUUGUCAUGAAGGCUGUCACUGCCAGCAUCGGGCAGGUCAUGCAAAAGACAAAGGAGAGGCCGCUGCCUUUUUACCAGCAGAAUGUGUUUUCCCUCAUCUCACCCAUUAACAUGCCAAACAAAGAGUCUGAGAUGGUCAAAUUUAUGGUAAAGCAAGAUAACUGUGAGGAGUUGAAAUUUUCAAAGCUGCAGGCACACAGGCAGGUGUUUCAAAAAAUGUGGCUGACUUUUUUGAAGCACAAGCUGCCCCCUGGCCUUUACAAGAAGGUUCUUGUCAUUCUGCACGACUCUGUCCUGCCUUACAUGAACGAGCCCACUCUCAUGAUGGAUUUCUUGACAGUGGCCUAUGGCAUAGGUGGAGCAAUCAGUCUUCUAGCCCUAAAUGGGUUGUUUAUUUUGGUUCAUCAGCAUAAUCUGGAGUAUCCUGACUUUUACAAGAAGCUGUACAGCCUGUUAGACCCUUCCAUCUAUCACGUGAAGUACCGAGCUCGCUUUUUCCACCUGACUGAUCUCUUUUUGUCUUCAUCGCACCUGCCAGCCUACCUGGUGGCAGCGUUCAUCAAGCGGCUGGCGCGGCUGGCGCUCACGGCUCCUCCCGAGGCUCUGCUCAUGAUCCUCCCCUUCAUCUGCAACCUGUUCCGCAGGCACCCGGCCUGCAAGGUGCUGCUGCACAGGCCAGCAGGGCCAGCAGAUAUGUCAGAAGAUCCAUAUGUUAUGGAGGAGGAGGAGCCAUCUGAAAGCAGGGCUUUGCAGAGCUCUCUGUGGGAGAUCCAGUCUCUCCAGAGCCAUUAUCACCCAGAUGUGGCCAAGGCAGCUGCUGUCCUGAACCAGUCCCUGUCUGAAAUGGAGGAUGACAUAUCGGGGCUCCUGGAGCUCUCAGCUGCUGAGCUUUUUGAUAGAGAAGUAAAGAAAAAGGCUGUUGAUGUGCCCCUGGAGUUUGAGCCUGUCCGAGGUUUGUUUGGGAAGAAGAAUGAUAUUUUUGCAGAGCACUUCAGUUUAGACUGAUGCCAUCUCUUACCAAAACACAUCUGUCAGCAGCUGGAUCUUAGGGACACACAGAAAGCUCCCAUGUGCUCUGCAGCCCUUCCCUGUGAGCAGAGCUGCACUGCUUGAGCUGCAGCCUUCUUCCUGCUCCUGGACGGACUUUGCUGUGUUUCUCACACUUGCAUUCUGCCAUCUGGUAUUUGGGAGGGAUUUCUCCUCAGAGCAAGGAUUUCUGGACUUGUUCAUGGCUGGGAUUCCAGUCCUUCCCCCAGAGCUGCUGCUGGCUGUGGCCAGGAGCUGCAUCAACAGACACCUCACUGCUGUUCCAUGGGACUGAGGGGCAUUGCAUUCUCUGACUGCUCUUAUUUUUCAGAUGUUUUACUUUUAUAUGAGAGCUGACAGCCUGUUUGUAAUAAAUGUCUUCAAUACAUAAAUGUAAACACCUGAUAUAUUAUAAUUAUAUUUUUAUAUGCAUUUUUAAGCUCAUCUUGAGAGGGAUGUUUAUAUUCCUUGUACUCAGCACUCCCACGUUCAAGGCAUUGAAACUGGUUUGUCUGACAGCUCAGAAGGUGCUCAGUAAAUCCAUCUAGGAAAUGUUGCUGGUGUUCCUUCCUCUACACCCAUCUCAUGCACUGAGGUUGCUGGAUUCCAAAUGCUCAUGAGCUUUGGAAGUGAACAUAAUCCUGGUGCCUGCUGUAGCAGGGAGGCCAGCUGAUGUGCAGUGGGAGGCUAAUCCUUGAGUUUUGCUUCAGAAUGAUAAGCAGCUUGCUGUGGUUUUGCUUGCAGCAUGUGUUCUAGGAGCUCUGGCCAGAGUGUAUCCAGGGGCUAAUAACUUUUUAAUUCCACUGCUACUGGAUGCUUUUGUUGGUUUUUCAUAUACUUCCAGAAGUCAUGCACAAAUUCCAUUUGAUGAGGUUUCCCCCCAAGGUUUUAAGUUUGAGAUAAACUCAUUAUUAACUUCACAGAUGAAGUCAGGACUUUUUUAAAACUCACUUUCAACAAUUUAAUGUUACCUCCUUAGAUUUAAACUCUGCUUGCAUAAUUUGAAAUCAUAUUUUGUGGAAGAGUAAAUUACAAUCAAGAAAGCAGAGGCCAAAAAAUCCAAUUUCUGGCAGCCAAGUCUGGUUAAGUCAAGGAAAACUGCAGCUGUCUUGGAGACACUGAAGUGUUACAUUUUCUUCAUCCAGUUUUUUCAUGCUUUCCAAACAGUGGACGUGUCCUCACAGUGUAGAGCUCUACAUUUUUUUUUUUCCUUUCUGAUGCUUUUGAAUUCAGAUGGGGUCUUUCUGAGGAUUGAUAUUUCUCCUCUUUUUCUUUGGAAGUCUCUUUCUUUGUUCUCUGGUGAAAGGGCAAUGCCUCCUCCCUGGCCAGCCUGCUUUUCUUCUUUCUUUGACUUGUGGUAUCUGAGGUGGGAAGGCAGAAUGGUUGAGAUGGAACUUUCAACUUGAGAGGCCUCAGUUCAGGUUCACCCAAGCCUUGUAUUUCAUCUUUAAGAUGUAUCUCCCUUUGUCGUGGGGUUCUGUCUCUGUGUGUUUGGUAAACAUCUUGAGGUGCUCUGCUGUAGCAAUGAGAACCACGUGGCUCACUUUGAAAGAGGGCAGUGUAUCAUCUCAGACGGAAUUAAUGACUAUAUUUGAAAGGAUGAA